AUGGCCAUACCCUCCCUUGAGGAGCUUGACUCCUUCAAGUAUAGCAACCUGCAGAACUUGGCCAAGAGUCUGGGCCUCCGGGCUGACCUGAGGGCAGACAAGUUGUUAAAAGCCUUGAAAGCCUACCUUAAAGACGACAAAAAAACUGAGAGUCAGAAUGGAAGUCCAACUUCUGCAUCCUCUUGGGAUGCGACUGAGAUGCAGAUCAGCAGCCAGGAACAAGCUAAGAGGGAGCCAAUUGGCCACAUCACCAAAACAAGGAGAAGGUGCAAGAACUCUGACUCCCAGCAGGAUCGUUCAGAGAUGAAAAUAAGUGAUCACACUGAAUUCCAGAAUCAAGAGAAGCAGGAAAACCAGGAUCUCAGAACUGUUGGAGAAGUUCCUUCACCACUAGAUGAGGACCAAGGAGAGGAGAAUGCAGUUUCCACAGGAAAAAGAAGAAUAAAUGAUAAUAAAGAUUCAAAGGUACCUGCAGAAAGAAAGAAGCCUCUCUACGCAGAUAGGUUUUCCAAACCUGGAAAAAGUAAAAGAACUAUAAGCACUACUCCAAACUUUAAGAAGCUUCAUGAGGCUCGUUUUAAGGAAAUGAAGACCAUUGAUCAAUAUAUUGAGAGGAAAAAGAAACAUUUUGAAGAACACAACUCAUUUAAUGAACUCGAGAAGCAGCCGGUCACCAAAGAAGGGGUGGUGACUCCAGUUCCUCUCCCUGGAAGGCUCCCUGAAGCUCGAACUCCCUCCAGCCGGUGCUGCUCGCAGGGCCAGCCCCUGGGCCCUACAGGCCAGAGCACUUUGUGUGGGAAAAGGUCCGCCAAGCGUUCCAUUCUAUUGGCAACUAAAAUGAAUGUCAGGUUUUCAGCUGCUACCAAAGAUAAUGAACAUAAGCGUUCACUGACCAAGAUUCCAGCCAGAAAGUCUCCACAUGUGACUGCAUGUGGGAGUACUACAAAAGGCCAGGCUGUGCUGGGGACAUGCAAGUUAAAGACAGCAAAGGGGGGAUCCCUGGGUGGCAAACUGAAACCAUGGGGUCAACCUAAAGAAAAUAAUUCUCUCAAGCAACAUGUCAACAGAGUUAGCUUCCACAAGAAAACUUACAACUCCUCUCCAGACCGGGAGGAACAACGGAAGCAACAUGAACAAAGACGAAAGGAGAAGAAAGCAAAGGUUUUGGGAGCUCGAAGAGGCCUCAUUAUGGCUGAAGAUUAAUUUUUUAGCAUCCCGUAAAUAUUACUUCAUUCUGAACCCUUUCUUUAGUGUAAAUAUUUUUCUGUCUUCCUCACUUGAGUGAAGACUUCCUUCUGCUGUUUGUUGUUCACUAUGUAGUGUUGGUGGGUUCUUCACAUGCAGCAUCUCUGAAAAUACUUUAUUAACCUUAACACUCACAAGUCCUUUGAAAUGGUUUUUACGUAAGUGUCUGUACAAUUCAGUUUUCUGAGACUUCAUCC